AUGGUGCUGUGCACUCCCCUCCUGCGCACUUUCACGCCGGCGCGGCGUGCGGCAGCUUUUCUGGCUUCGGCGGCGGGCAACAAUGUUGGCACACCACAGGGAGGUGCCGAGGACGAGGACCGGCAGAAGGAGCAGGAGCGGCGAAAGAUGCGCAGGGAAAAUGUUGAGUUCUUGCACAAGCAGAUGCUUGAGAAACAGCAGCGGCGCAACAAGGACGUAGAGUUUGAGCAGGCGAAGCUACGGGAGAGCGAGGACCUGGCAAGAAAGGAGGCCAACAAAGAGUCCAAGAAGCAAGAGGAUCUGCAGAAGAGAAAAAGCCAGUACAAGGACGACCUGGUGGAGCAGAUGGCCGCCCGUCAGGCGGGGAAGCUUCGUGGCCAAAUGAUCCGAGAGGAUGCCAUGAGUGACAUGGAGAUUGCGCUGAACAAGGACAUGCUCUCCAAACUUUCCGUGUACGACCGCUGA